UUAGACCUUUUAUUUGUCGCAUACGAUCAGAAAUCCAUCAAAGUUCAACGUUGUCUGUUGGCCAGCCCGGGGGCCCGCACUGCGUUCCGUCAGCCAUUUGGCGCAGAAAAUCAAUGGUCUUGGACAUGCGUACACGGGGUUUCUGUCGCAAUGAAACGUGUUGAAGGCGAACUCGGUGUCUCUGGCUUUCUCUUUCUCUUCGAAACAGUCACAGUCUGCAUUGCGACUAAAUGGGUUUCUGAAAGUUUUUUAGAAAUUUUAUAUCGACCCAUGUUCUGCAUGUGCCACUAACGAGGCAAACUCCGCCCACGGUCGAGUGUUGUUUUUUUUGUCGAGCGACGUUUGUGCCGCCAAUAUGAGUGCCUUAGGCAUGGGGGCCGAAAUCGAAGAUUUGGACAAAGUGGGUAUGGGGUACCUCAUGCUUGACAGCAAGGCACACAAGAAGGUGUCUGAAUUCAAACCGAGCACCGAGAAAGAGUGGACGUCGCGCCAAAUGUCACCUCCCGGCGAUAACUGCAACUGCAUUUAUUUCUCUCUCGUAUUUGCGGGUGUCGGAUUUCUCCUUCCUUAUAACAGCUUUAUUGUUGCUGUUGACUAUUUCCAAAGUCAAUACCCAAACACAACAAUUAUUUUUGACAUGAAUGUAGUUUACAUAUUCAUGGGCUUCUUCGCCGUUCUGGUCAACAAUCUCUUGGUGGAAAGCCUGUCACUUCACACUCGAAUCACCUUUGGAUACAUUGUUUCAUUUGUUACCCUCCUUUUUGUCGCCGUGUGCGAAAUUUAUUUGGGAUUGUUCAGCCAUCAUACAUCAUAUUCAAUAAACCUCAUAGCAAUGGCUGUUUUAGCUGUAGGCUGCACAGUUCAGCAGUCUAGUUUUUAUGGCUACACUAGCAUGCUUCCAUCUCGUUACACUCAGGCAGUCAUGGCUGGUGAAAGUGCUGCUGGAUUCUUUGUGUCAUUUAUUCGCAUAGUUACAAAACUAAUGCUUAAUGACCAACAAGAAAAUACUUUAAUAUUUUUCCUUAUAUCCAUCGCAAUGGUUGGAUUGUGCUUUGGUCUGCACCAUACUGUGAGAAGAACUGCUUUCAUCAAGUACUAUAUAAUGUUGUGUCAAGAACGAAAGAUAACACUGGAGCCAACUGAAGAUGCAGGCUUGAUGGAGCCUCUUGAUACUGAAAGCGGGUCUCGAAGUCAAUAUGGAGUACUUAAACUUCAGCAGAGCCCCCGUGAUCCAGGCAUUUCUGGAUUCAGCUUUGCUAAUCCUGUUUAUGAGCCCAGUGGUGCUCCUCCCACAUUGCCAGUCACCGCUGUGACUGCAGCUGCUGUAGCACAAACUAGUGGAUCACCGGAAAAAACCAUUGGUCCAUCUUAUAAGGUGGAAGACGUUGUGGUACAGACACCUAAAGAUGUAACAGCUAGAGCAAGAAGACGCCCAUCAUUGGCAGUCCGUGGUUUCCGACGAGGUUUGGAAAUCCGUCUGCAGGUGGCCAAAGUAGUGUGGCCUUACAUGCUUUCAAUUGGAUUAGCAUACUUCAUAACACAAUGCCUGUAUCCUGGGAUUGAAACAGAAAUAGUCAGUUGUAGGUAUGGUAGUUGGAUGCCUGUCAUCCUUAUAGCAAUUUUCAACGCCUCUGAUUUGUUGGGAAAGGUCAUAGCAUCUUGCUCACUAAAUUGGAGCCGGGGCAAUCUCCUAUUCAUCGCUGGAUCAAGGGCUUGCAUUGUUCCCUUGUUGUGGCUCUGUGCCUACCCUCGUGGCAGACCAGCAAUACCAGGAGAAUACUAUGCAAUGACUUUGUCAUUCUUCCUUGGGAUCACAAAUGGACUCGUUGGAAGCAUUCCUAUGAUUCAGGCUCCUAGCAAAGUGCCUGAAGAUCGGCGUGAACUGACUGGUAACAUUAUGACACUCUCAUACAAUAUUGGACUGACUGCAGGGUCCCUUAUGUCAUACAUCCUUGAUGACAUGUUGGGCCCUCCUGUGCCCAAUGGCUGCACCAUUAUUCCGGCAAUCAUUAAAGCAUCUGGUGCUACAAAGUUCAAUGCAACUGUUGCCCCAAAUGAUGCUAGUGUAAUUGGGAGAAUAUUGCCAACCACAAGUACAGUAUCCAGUACUGUGGCAAUGGUGGCUGCAACGGUCAUGACUGCUGCAACAGCUGCCACAUCAACCAUGUCCACAGCUGCUGUUCAGGCAACAAGUACAGCUUCUACCUCUGCUGCAUCCAAUUUGUGGCAAACAUUGUCCCCAAGCAAUGUCACCAUUGUAAAACCUUCUUGGGCUUAGUUCUAAUCUUUCAGUCAAAAAACUGUAACUUUCAUUGGAUAUUAAUGAUAAUUAUUAUAAUGCACUCAACAGAAAUGUUGGUGGCCCUUAGCUUAUAUUGAUGAUGUCAAUGAUGUAGCAUCACAACAGGACACAAAUGAAAGGAAACUUUUAUAAAUCAAAGUUUUCAGUUUCCAUUUUUAAAAAAUAGCAAUAAGGAAGGAACUUAUCCUGGCAACCACUGGGCAACUACUCCAGAGUAUCCAUUAAAUUUUGUACUUGACGGUUUGUAAACGUUAACAAAAAACAAAAAAAAAGAAAGAAAGGUAUGUAGAACUCAGUACACCCUUCAUGUCUGUACUGUUAUUUUUAAUUCAAAUGACUGUGUUUUAUUUCUUGUAACACAUAUUUGUGGCAGUUAUUGUUUUUGAAAGAGAUAAUUAUAAUGCUAAGUAGGUU